ACUAACCGUUGCCGUAUGGAAAGGGGGAAAUGCCUCUUUUAUUCCUGAUCUAUCCCGUCUGUAACUUCAAAAUUCCGAAUCCCUAAUUUGCUAUCCAAACCCUAAUUUCACUCAAAGCUCAAGCCGUUCCCUAAUCCCAACAAUACCCGAAUCCCAUUCCCCAGCCAGCUACUGUCAAGGGUAAAGCACUCUUUCUCUCUCUUCAGGGUGACAUACUUUGGAGAUGGAAAGUGGUAGAGAGACGGUGACUCAAGUGGAGCAGUGGUCUGUUGAGGAUCGGGUGUUCCGGAUAUACAAUAUGUUCGCUAGUAUUCCUCCUGGAGCCCAAACCACCCUGUUGGAGCUUCAACGUGACGAGCACAUUAAAUACCUUAAUGAAGGUCUCAAGCAACUUGGUCCCUCCUUUGUAGCUCUGGACUCCAGUCGACCUUGGCUUUGCUACUGGAUCAUACAUUCCAUGGCUUUGCUGGGGGAGUCUCUUGAUUACGAACUCGAAAAUAAUGCCAUUGACUUUCUUAACCGUUGCCAGGACCCAAAUGGUGGAUUUGGUGGUGGACCUGGACAGAUGCCACAUCUAGCAACAACAUAUGCUGCAGUGAAUUCAAUUGUUACUUUAGGAGGACAGAAAGCCCUUUCUUCAAUUAAUAGAGACAAAUUAUACAACUUCUUAUUGCGAAUGAAAGAUCCAAGCGGGGCCUUCAGGAUGCAUGAUGCUGGUGAAAUUGAUGUACGGGCAUGCUAUACUGCCAUUUCAGUUGCUAGUAUUCUCAACAUUCUGGAUGAUGAGCUCGUUAGGGGUGUUGGAAAUUUCAUCUUAAGCUGUCAGACAUAUGAAGGUGGGAUUGCAGGAGAACCUGGUUCUGAAGCUCAUGGUGGGUAUACUUUUUGUGGAUUGGCUGCCAUGAUUUUGAUCAAUGAGGUUAACCAUUUGGACUUGGCUGGUUUAAUUGAUUGGGUCGUCUUUCGACAAGGAGUGGAGUGUGGAUUCCAGGGGAGAGUAAACAAAUUGGUUGAUGGUUGCUACUCUUUUUGGCAGGGAGGCGUGCUUGCAUUAUUACAAAGAAUAGACCUGGUUACUGGUGAAUAUCUAUCACUAUUUGAUUCCGGAGAAGAGGACAGCCCUGGAAAUAGUACUUCUGAAGGAGAAGAUACUGAUGGAAUUUCAUCUGGGGCUGAGGAGACUUGCCAUUUUAAGAAUGGAGAGCAGCAGGAUGCUUCUUGUUCAGUGAACUACACCAGUUCUAAUCAUACUCGAUCUUUGGGAAACGUAGAAACGGAACCUCUUUUUCACAGCUUGGCAUUGCAGCAGUACAUACUUUUAUGCUCACAGUUAGAGAAUGGUGGAUUCAGAGACAAACCAGGGAAGCCCCGAGACUUCUAUCACACAUGUUAUUGUCUAAGUGGCCUCUCUGUAUGCCAGCAUUGCUGCUCCAAGGAUUACGAUUCUCCAUCCGUGCCCGGGCAGGUGCUGGGUCCCUAUCCAAAUCUCCUGGAACCCGUCCAUCCACUCUACAACGUCGUCUUAAAACAGUACAGGGAAGUUCGUGAAUUCUUUUCUAGGUCUCGAGCAAAGUUGAAUUGAGAUGUAUGAUCCGUAUUUUGAUAGUAUUCUAGAAAUUUUAUCUAUGGCAUGACUAUGAAAGAGAUUCAUUUUGCUGUUUGAACGCCUUACUCGAAACUUUUCAAUUGAAGGGUAUGUACCAUCAAUAUUUAAUCAAUCAAUCAUCUUAGGUUAUUGUAACUGUAAAUAUGUUGAUAUCUAAACUAAAUAUUGGAAAUGGGUUAUAUAA